GAUAUUCUAGAAGUGGUGAUUCUCUCUGUGCCUAUGUAUGUGUGUGUGGGGGUGUGCACCUUUCCCACCUGUAUCUUCUUGCUAUAUUCCAGAUAAGAAUCUUCUUUUCUCUCUGUUUUACAUGGUUAAUUAAUACAAUAGUGAUAAAUUGUGGUCCUUCAAGCUCUUUCCAUCCACGAGCAAUUGCCUGCUCGCAUUAUUUUUCAACAGCGGAACAGAAGAACUUCAGUUAAAUAUCAACGAAUUGUCGCAGUCAACCUUAAGCACAUUAGGAGAGAUCAAUACGAACUUUGAUCAAUAAAAAAGUAGCAUAUUUACCAAACAGCCAUGGGUGAAUCCGAGAAACCCUUUGCCUGUCCCUCGCCUGGCUGCAAUAUGAGUUUUGUCAACGAGGAUCACCUCACUGUUCAUAGAAAAAAACACGAUAUGAUACUCAACCUUGGCUCAAACGGCAAAAGCGGUGUCUUCGUAGCUGACCAGACACCUACGCCAACCAGGUUCAUAAGAAAUUGCGAAGAAGUUGGGCUCUUUCAGGACCUACAGAAUGUCAAUCCGUUCGAAGAAACAUUCCGACGAGCUGUCGAAGCUGGAAAGACAGGCGGAGGACUCGCGGUUCCAGAAGUGGGAAUAUCAGACGAUACUCUGCACACACCACACAUAUUUCCCCACAUAGACGUUCCGUCUACAAACAAUCAAGCCUUGCUUCGGAAUGGCAUUGCGGAAUCGCCAGUGAUCAAUAUCGGAGAUUCGUCGGAUGACGAUGAAAAGAAUGCGAACAGAAUACAUGUCGAUGUGCAAAAUUUAGACCAUGGAGAGAAUUCUAAAGAGAUAACAACGGUCGAGCUCGACACUGAAUCCCGAGACUCGAGCAUUGAGGAAAGUAUUAUUGUACAGGAGGCAGACGGAGAGUCUUUAUCAACUACUGUAAUCAAUCUGAACGAUGGUUUUGGGCAGCAGAACGAUGUUCCGCAGCUCUCUAUAAAUGGCAAGGAGGUACAGCUAUUGAUAAAAACCGAGGAUGGAAAGCUGAUGCAGCUGUCAGCGAUACCGGUUUCUCAGUCUCAAAUGAAUCCGACAACCAUCGAUAUUCAGUCCAAAUCUCAGACAGUCGUCAUCAAGACCGAACCAUCCCUGAAUUGCUCUGAUGGGAAGAGAACAACGAAUUCGGCAUCCUCUAGGCUCUCUAUGGCAAAAAUGAAGCUGAAGCAAGUGUUGAAGAAGAACGAAGUGUCUUCCGACAGCCAUCGUCAGGACUUGCAAGCAUCGCCGAGGAUUUUGGUUGAAGAGCGUAGCCCUCCAUCUGACAAGAAGCUGGAUAUCUUGGAGCGAAAUAGAGCCAGUUCGAUGCGUGCCAGAGCAAAACGUAAAGCGUGGGUUCAACAGCUUGAGAGGUCAGUCUACAAUGUGAAUGAGGCCAACGCUGCGCUCCAGAUGGAGGUUCGUGCUCUUCGUUCCGAAGUGGCAAAACUGAAGACGCUGUUGCUUGCGCACAAGGAUUGCCCGGUGACUAAAGCGAUGGAGCAAGGAAACAGUAUAGUUCUUGGGCCAAAGGUGAUAUCGGUGAGCGCAGAGACGGUACAAGGAGCUUCGUUGCCCCUUGUCGGUUCAGCUGUGAAACGGAAGUCAGCGAUAUCGGCGGAUGUAGGGGGUAAACCGGCGAAAAAGAAACCAACAGUAUCGACGACUAAACCGAUGAUCCUGCCCAAAUCGGCCGCCCCGCUUUUGCAGAAGGCAAAAAUUCUGAGAAACAUAUCCGCCGUUCAGGUUGUUGACGUUGAACGGGUGAUAAGUAAGGGAUGUGAUAAGGGGAAGCAGAUAUUGAUAGUGCAGAACGAGAGGCGGGAGACAUUCACGGAGAACAGUCAAAGGCAGAUAAUCAGGAUGAAUCCGAACUUUGAAAUCGAAAACGCCGCUUCUAAAACCACCGGAUCGUAAACGAUUCUUGGCCGCAUUUAGCCCAGGAAAUAAGGCUGGAUUUUUCAAAUACAACAUUUUUUGCCCGUGAAAUGACGAAUGAAUCGAUUUCACCAAUUUAUUUAUUUACACAUCCGUGUAUGGGACGCCGAUAUUGAUCACGAUUAUCGCGGUCAGCCCCAUGCUGUGAUGGGUUUCCGUUCGAGUAUCCCGAUAACCGAUUUUUCAAUCUGCGCUUCGUAAGUAUUUACGUUUUACAAGAUUUGUCUCCACUUAAAAUCACGCGUAAGGGAUAAAAUGACGUAUUGUAUUUACGCAAGGAAUAACAUUGUGUAAUAAAUAUACCUAUGUUUAAUGAAAGUAUACACGUCUCGUUCAUUCACUUACCUCCUGUCUAAAUAAGUACAUAUUUUAUACAAACAUCGAUGAGUUGGAAAAGUACGAGCAAGGAGGAAAUCAAGAAAGGGUAAAGGGUUGAAUUUUUCAAAAUCUUUCCAUAGGGGAUUUAUUUUUUUAUUUAAAACAUUCCGUUUACAUAAAUACACGUGUAAUAUUUUGUAAGCCAGGCUGAAAUCGAAAAACACUGUAAAUUGUUAAAUGACAACUAGCCAAAAACUUCGGCGAUCGCUCAAUUAAACUUUUAGAUACAAGUGCAAAAUCAUUUGUUAUUCACGGAAAUGUAAAAUGUGAUCAUUCAUUAUUC